AUGGAGCACGACCCCGAGGAACAAGAGCACUACAAGUCGGUGCUGCUGUCGUUCCGCGAGUAUGAGGCGUUCAUGAUGCGCGAGAUCUACAGGCGGAAGAAGCACAUGCAGUCCAUGCCCAUCGACAUGCAGCGGCGCCUGCCGCAGUCCUCCACGCUCCGCAAUCUCCACCACUUUGUCAACGCGGCGCACUAUAACCAGGUCUUCUUCGAGCGCGUGGUGCAGGCGCAGCUCGAGACGGGACCGGCCUAUGACCUGCCCGUUGUGACGCCCAAGACGCCGCUGCAGAGUCCUCCACGCCACUUUUCCAAGCUCAAGAGCACGUUGCACCAGUUCGUGCGCGACUGGUCCGAUGAGGGCAAGAAAGAGCGUGAUAUGUGCUACACCCCCAUCAUCAAGGAACUGCGUCGCGUCUUGCCGACGAGUGCAGACAACCCAACCGAUCGACCUCGAGUGCUGCUGCCUGGAGCAGGAUUGGGACGACUGGCACUGGAGAUUGCUUCGAAGGGCUACGCGGCUCAGGGCAAUGAGUUUUCGUAUCAGAUGCUGUUUGCAAGCAACUUCAUCCUCAACUGGGUGACGCAACCACUGCAGUUUGAGAUUCACCCGUGGAUCCACAACCCAUCGAAUGCGCUGACGGUCACGGAUCUGUUGCGCCCAGUGGCGAUUCCGGAUGUAGCACCGGCAGAGCUGUUGGGUCUCAACUCUGGGGCAGCGAUGCCCAUCGACUUUUCGAUGUGUGCCGGCGAGUUUUUGGAGGCGUACGCGAACGACAAAGAAUGUUGGGACUGCAUUGUGACGUGCUUCUUCAUCGAUGCCGCACCAAACGUGAUCGAGUACAUUGCAGCGUUCGAUCGUUUGCUCAAGCCUGGUGGCUACUGGAUCAAUCUGGGUCCCCUGCUUUACCACUGGCAAGACGGUAGCGGUGGCGAUGACGAGCGCUAUGAGCAGUCAGUCGAGCUCUCGUACGAGGAGAUCAAACACGUCAUGAGCACGUACAACUUUCGCAUUCAGAAAGAGUCGCAGCGCGAGUGUCUGUACACGGACAACGUCAAAAGUAUGAUGAGGACGGUCUAUAACUGCGCCUUCUUUACGGCCAUUAAGGAGAUUGGACGCGUCUAG